AUGGAUGGGGCAAAUAGGGAUGACAGAUCCAUUCUUAAAAAAAGGACGUUCAGGACAUUUAAAUAUCGUGGAUAUGAGUUGGAAAAGCUUUUGGAAAUGCCAAUUGAAAAGUUGACCGAAUUACUUCCUGCCAGACAACGCAGAAGAUUCAGCAGAGGGGUCAAAAGACAAUCAUUGACACUGUUGAAUAAGCUUAGAGCUGCAAAGAAGGAUCUUCCAUACGGACAAAAACCAGAACCAGUUAAAACCCACUUGAGAAACAUGGUUGUAAUUCCCGAAAUGAUCGGCUCUAUCGUUGGGGUUCACAACGGAAAGCAGUACAUAAACGUGGAAAUUAAACCAGAAAUGGUCGGGUACUAUCUGGGUGAAUUUUCAAUCACUUACAAACCAGUUAGACAUGGAAAGCCCGGAAUUGGAGCCACUCACUCAUCCAGGUUUAUUCCCCUUAAAUAA